AGCUACGCUUUCCACGAUGCAAUCCUCCUUAAGCUUUAAACCAUUUUGUAUACUUGCUUUCCUCAUUUUUCUCUCAUCCCCUGUGCUUUCCUCAUAUUCGCCGCAGCUGGAGAUUCUUUACUGGCCCGUCUCCAAUCCCGAACCCUCAGCGCUCGCUCAUGUCUCCUACGAUCCUGCGUCACUAAAGUCCGAGCUCAUCGACUAUUCUCCUCCUAUAGACCCCUCUCACGAACUGGCCCGCGUGGGCUUCUAUAUCACGACACCAACUAACCCCAAACAAUGGGUUGGCACACUCAUACCGCCGUCUGCGCUAACGGGAGCUGAUUCAUCGCAAAUACCGACCCUCCGCCUGCAUGUUAGCCCUACCAACGAGAUAUACCAUGUCUCUAUCGGCUCUACUGCCGCAUCUUCUGGUUCCUCGUCCAAGAGCAUUGAAGUUGAGCUUAUAGCGGAUAAACUCGGUCCUAGCCCGCUCCUUAAUCGCCCUAUUGUUGUUGGGCCGGACGGCAAAAAUUCCGAGGAACAACCCGAGAAGACUUUAUUCCAAAAAUACUGGUGGGUGUUUCUCAUUGUUACUUUCUUGGCCAUGUCCGGGGGCGCGGAACAGCAAUGAGUCUCCGAUUAGCUAGCUACUUCGAGUUGGAAGAUUCGUGUUCUACUUGCGUACCAAUUAGACGCUAUUGCAAAGAGACUCAACUAUAGGUGUUCUUGGACGUGUCGUUUUGAUUAGCUUCGCCAGUCCCAACUAUCCUUUGGAUGGCCAUAUGACAAGGCCACUGCCUUAGAAGUUUACUGGCAUUGAAGCCCCUGAAACGGCAUAUAUAGAAAGUGGAACACAACCUGCCACUGCGCUGAGAGUUGAUGUCGGCUCAAAUCGCCAGUUCCUGGCAAGUUCUAAUACCAUCCGCAGAGGUCAGA